AUGUCGUCAACGAAGCGCGCACUCGAGGCGGACGGUGACACCCACGAGCAUGUCAAGCGCUCACGCCGCACGCGUUGGGGCCACGACGAGGACGAGCACGAAGACGUGGCCAAUCGCAAGACGUCGGCUAGUCCCAAGGCGCUGAGCGACAUCGUCAAGCGCUUGUCGAGCGUCGUCCAAGAAAAGUCAACACCAGAGGAGCUCCAGGCGCUGGCGGCGGCGGCCUCGCGUCCUGUGAUCGGCGCCGGCGGUCAAUUGGACGCACAGGCGGCGAGGGCGCGGGCGCUGGCACAAGCGAGUCUGCUGUCACUAAACGUUCCCGGUACCAAUGUGUCGCCCACUGACCUGGCAAGACGACUCUACAUCGGCAAUUUGUACUACGACCUCAAGGAGGAGGACAUCAGCAACGUGUUUGCGCCGUUUGGGACCAUCCGCUCCAUUGAUCUGUCGCUGGAGCCUGGUGCCUCGCGGUCCAAGGGUUUCUGCUUCUUGGAGUACGAGGAUGUGUUGGCAGCGGAGAGCGCCGUGCAAGUGCUGAAUGGAACGCCGUUGGCCAACCGAGCGAUUCGGGUUGGUCGCCCGCAUCGAGGAAAUACAAACUCGAACGAUUCGUUGUCGAUCGGACAGGAGGCGAUCAAGAAUGUUCCGACCAAGUGCAUUUACGUUGCCAACGUACGCGUGGAGCUCAACAGUCAGCACUUAGAGAGCAUUUUCUCUCCGUUUGGAGCUAUCCACUCGUGUGUCAUGACGGCAGUGUCUCCCUUGGAAUCGGGACACCGCGGUUAUGGCUUCAUGAGGUUCGUGGAGGAGAGUUGCGCGUUGAGUGCGAUCCAGCACAUGAACGGGUUCGAGCUGGCGGGACAGGCACUCAAGGUUGGCAAGGCCAGUGAGGCCGCUAUGCUCAUCAAUCUCGCGACGAGUCAGGACAAAGUGGUGCGUGAUGGAUCAGGAGCUACAACGAGCGGAGCCAACGUAAUAGCGGCGCCAGAGAAGAAACCAUUUGGCGAGGACGACGUGGAGAAAGUCAAGGACACGACAGAGACCGACGCGAAGUGUUGUCUCUGCUUGGUGAACCUCGUGAACUGCGGCGAAGUGGACGACGAGCUGGAGGACGAGGUGCGUGGCGAGUGUGGCAAGUUCGGUAGCGUCAACAAGGUGGACAUCCACGAGCUAGCAGACCACGUGCGUGUGUUUGUGUUGUUUGACGAUGCAGCGGGAGCCGCGAAGGCCAAGCAGGCGCUACACGGACGCUUCUUCGGCGGGAACCAGGUGCAGGCACACUAUUAUCCUCUGCGUGAGUUGGAGCAGAAGCGAUACACGAGCGACUUCCUCUGA